GGUGCCGGCGGAGGAAGAUGGCGGCGGGACGCUGAGGGGACGGGACCGGGCCGCUCCGCUCCGUGCCAGGACAGCCGUGCCGCCCGCUGCGCUCCGGGCCCGGUGACGGACUCUCUCCUCUCCAUGGCCGCGGGGCCGGCCCUGGAGCCGCAUCCCCGCUGGGCCUGCUCGGGCCGCGCCGCUCCCGGGCCCCGCCGAGGCAGCGGCCCGCUGAGCCCCGACGCCUGGCCCGGGCCCCGCCAGGCCUGACCGGCCCACCGCUCGGGACGCGUCUGCGUGCAGGACGCCGGGCCGGGUCCGGGGAGGCCUCUCCUAAGGAGAGCGGGCCGGGGGUAGUGCCUGCGUGGCCCCCGCCACCGAGCAGCCCCCGGUGCGGGGCUUCUUCCCGGGCCCUCAGAGGCAGCACUUAACCCUCGCACCCCUCCGGAGCGGUCGCCCGGACCCGAGUCCGCUCAGCAGAGGAGGAACGGCUCCUCCGGCCCAGGUCAGCACCGCCGGUGCCCUUUGGCUGCCGGCCACAGCGCCAGGAUGUCCGAGAACCAGCCCAACGCCAACAACCACCACCCGGCCCACAACAACGGGGGCGGCGGGGCCGCCGGGGGCAACAACCGCGGCGUCCGCAAUCCCAACCUCAACCAGAACCCCUUGAUCAAUGUGCGCGACCGCCUCUUCCACGCGCUCUUCUUCAAGAUGGCAGUGACCUACGCUCGCCUCUUCCCACCCUCCUUCCGCCGCGUCUUCGAGUUCUUCAUCCUCCUCAAGGCUCUCUUUGUGCUCUUCAUCCUGGCUUACAUUCACAUCGCCUUCUCCCGCUCGCCCAUUAACUGCUUGGAGCACGUCCGAGACAAAUGGCCACGCGAUGGCAUCUUGCGGGUGGAAAUACAGCGCAACUCAAGCCGAGCCCCCAUCUUCCUGCAAUUCUGUGGUGUUGAGAAGUUCCCAGGAAUGGUAGUUGAAUCCACAGCUGAGGAAGAGGAGGAGGAAGAGGAGGAAAUGACUGUGGAUAUGUUUGAAAACAGCUCUAUCAAGUUUGAGCUGGAUAUCGAGCCCAAGGUGUUCCUCAAGCCAUCCCGGGUGAGCAGCACCGAGGCGCUGACCCGCAACGAAAGCCAGGAAUUCUCGUUUAGUGAAGCAGCCACUAAAGGUAUGCAGCCUCUGAGGGAGACUGUGUCCGAGUUUGAGAUGCUAGCCAGAGCAGUGUGGCCGCAGGAGGAGUACAUUGUGGAGUACUCGCUGGAGUACGGGUUUCUGCGCCUGUCCCAGAGCACUCGCCAGCGCCUCAGCAUCCCCGUCAUGGUGGUGACUUUGGAUCCUACCAGGGAUCAGUGCUUCGGGGACAGGUUCAGCCGCCUGUUGCUGGACGAGUUUCUGGGUUAUGAUGACAUCCUCAUGUCAAGUGUCAAAGCUUUAGCUGAAAAUGAAGAAAACAAAGGUUUCCUUCGCAAUGUGGUGUCUGGGGAGCACUAUCGCUUUGUCAGCAUGUGGAUGGCCAGGACUUCGUAUCUGGCAGCCUUUGUCAUCAUGGUCAUAUUUACUCUGUCCGUUUCGAUGCUGUUGCGAUACUCGCACCAUCAGAUCUUUGUCUUCAUUGUUGACCUGUUACAGAUGCUGGAAAUGAACAUGACAAUUGCGUUCCCUGCAGCUCCCCUCCUCACUGUCAUUCUGGCUCUAGUAGGUAUGGAGGCCAUUAUGUCUGAAUUCUUCAAUGACACCACAACUGCGUUUUACAUCAUCCUGAUCGUCUGGCUGGCUGACCAAUACGAUGCCAUCUGUUGCCACACCAAUACGAGCAAGAGGCAUUGGCUCAGGUUCUUCUAUCUGUACCACUUUGCCUUCUAUGCUUACCACUAUCGAUUCAACGGGCAGUACAGCAGCCUGGCUCUCGUCACCUCCUGGCUUUUCAUCCAGCAUUCGAUGAUUUACUUCUUCCAUCACUAUGAGCUGCCAGCCAUCCUCCAGCAGAUCAGGAUCCAGGAGAUGCUGCUGCAGAACCAGCAGGUGGGCCAGGGGACGCAGACCACGCUCCAAGACAACCUCAACAACAACACUACAGCUGCCCCCGUGGAUGUGGGGAGCCGCCGGCCCCACCUGCCCGCCGGGCCCUCCGGGGAGAGCAGUGGCCCGGCUGCCCUGACUCCCAGCGAGGCCACCAGCGUCAUCGCCGCUGCCACAGCGGCUUCUGUGGGCAGCGAUCUGAACUGGGUGGCCGAGACAGCCGCCAUCGUCACAGAAGCCUCGUUUCUCUCUGACCUGAGCACUACCCUCCUGGAGCCAAACGUGGUGCACGAAGCCAUGGCCAACGGGAACCCUCAGGAUGCCGCCGCCGCCUCCGGUUUGGUUGCCCGCAUCAGGGUCAGCAGCGACCACCCGGAGACGGCCAUGGGCUCCAUCACCAUUGAAGUCACUUCAACAUCUGUGGUGGCUGCAGCAGAUGUUCCCCCUGCCGCAGAGGCGGCACCGGCUGCGCCCCUCGUCCCGCUGCAGGAGGAGGGGGCCUCCGUCCCCAGCCCUUCCCUUCCUGCGCAGACUGAGGCUGUCGAGGGCGCAGACAGCCAAGCAAAGCCUAGCGGCAAGAACUGCGUUGCAAAUAGCAGCGUGGCAGAGACCCCUCCAGCCGCUGCAGAGGACACUGAUCAGGACAGACGCUUGGGUCGCGCUCUCGGGGACCGGGGGCAAAGCAGCCCGUGCCCAGCACCAGCGGAUAGUACGUCGAGCUCCAAACCGUGCUCGGAGCCAGACUUGCGGAGCCUGUCUUGAGUCCCUGUUACUGUAAUUCUGGACUGCCAGGGGGGCAUUUGGAUUUCGUUUGUUACUAUUUCUCACUUCACCAUCAUCCUUAACCCAUGAAUUCCUCUUAGCGGAGGCAGAGCAGCUGGGACAGAGAAAAGGGGCUGCAGUGAACUCCCCUGGGAAAAGCACGUGUAUGAGAGGCUGCGGGGACGGAGGGACGAGGCCUUGGCUCCCGCAGCCUGCGCGGCUCAGGGCCCUCGUGCCACGGCUGCAGGCGAGCGGGCUACCUGCCUCCAGCCCUGCGGCCGGCUCGGUGCCACAGCUUUUCCUUGCCCCCAGCUUCGCCCCCUGCGGUCGCGUUUGCAGUCCAGGUGCUGUUCAACAAGUGUGAGCUGCUUUGUGACAGACCCUGCGUGUGUGUGUGUGGUGGCUUUUUGGUUAGAAUCGCAGCUGCGUAUGAACAGGGAGAGCGUUUUCAGACAUCCCUGGGAGAGCCACAGAGGAGAGACCUGGUCAGCUUUCCUUCUUCAGGGGAAGAGGAGCUUAAGACCUUCCCCAAACACUAGAUCUGCUCACGCCAGGGCAAAGCUGGGCAAUAACCAAAGCAGAAGCUGCAGUUCAGCCCCGUUUAUUUCUGUCCUUGAACUUCCCUCAGUCAGUGGGUUUGGGGGUAAAAGCUUCCAUCCCAGGAGAGGUGCGUUGGGCUGGGGUUGACUCUUGUGCUGGUCAGCCCUGGAGAAGUGCGGUCCCUUCUGCUGCUGGUGACCUCUCCCAGGGCUUUGGGAAUUCAGCCUCUCUUAGAUGUAUGUGCCCAGCGUAAGCGGGAGCCCCUGGCGCAGGCGAAGGGUCUCAAUAUCUGCUGGGAACCGGUCUGUGGCGUGGGUGUCUGCAGCGACAUUUGGGAUGAGGACAGCAGCUCUGUCUCUGUACAGCCCUGCUUUCGGCACCUGCUGCUGGGGGUGAUGUAGUUUGCUUUUCAGUGCCUUGUCCCUCAAAGGGGACACGUUUGCAUUUAAGAUCAGCCCCAUCCAUCCCAGACGGGAGAUCGGCUUUUCACUGGCUGAACUGUUGCAUGAGGUGGUUUAGCAAAGAACCAAAACACUAAAGCCAAGACAUUUCAGCUUAUUUUCCCUCCCUUCCCUGGCAGCAGAGGUGAAGCUGGCCGUGCCCGACCCCCCCCUGCACCGCAGACGGCUGAGCGGGUACCCCGGGGCUGAGCUGGGGGGCUGGCACGGGGACCGGCUGCCCCCGAAGAUGGGCUGGAGCCACGCGAGGCCAUGGCUGGGAGGAGGGUUUGGGUUUGUAGGUAGAGCAGAGCGAUGCAGGAGCGUGUCGUGUCUGUAGGGCUGAGAGGAGCUCGGGGAGGAGCGUGGUGGAAGGGCAGCGCUGGGAGGUGACGCCUGGGGGACUCCGCUCUCUGAGGGGAGCGGGUGGCUGGGGAAAUGUCCCCGAUUCAGCCUUGUCUCCCCACAGCUGGGCAGCGCCUGCGGAGUCCAUCUCCUGUGGAGGGCUCUUGCGUGCGUUUCCGCGUCUUCCGCCAGGAAAGGGUUUCCCUGCCAGCACCGCGGGGACUCGCAACCCCGGCUUCACUUUCUCUGCCUUUCCCACCCAGGCGCCCUCCCAUCCUUUUCUUUUUCUUUGCUUUUUCUCUCAAGGAGCCCUGGGUGUUGCCGUGGGGAGUGGGGGAGCCCGCUCGUGCCCAGCGUGUCGCCGCCUCCUGCAGCCAGCCUUCCUGGGAAGGGGCCUCGGCGGCUCCUGCCUCCGGCAUGGAUGUGCCAGAGCCCGAGAGCAAGGAAUAAUCGUAGGCUUUUAAGAGGAGCAGGUGGGUGGGAGGGGAAGCUGAGG